AUGGACAAUUAUCUUAAAUCAUAUAUUGAAGAAACUAGGAAAAAGUUACCAGCAUAUGUAACAUAUAAAAAACUCAAGGACAAGGUGCACGUGGUAACAUCUUCAAUUUUUCCUGAACUUUUCGAAAAUUUAAAAGAUAAUGAAAGAGCAUAUAUUAAUGAGAUUGUAGAUUUUUGUAGUGUAUUUUCAUGGAAUUUAAAAUAUUUGUCUAAGGUUAUAGAUAAUAUUUUAAAUCAUGAUGAUCAGUGCUCCUAUUUGUCUUACUGGGCAUAUGAAAGAAUAAGGAAUAUAUUUCCUACUAAAUCAGAUUAUAAUAGAAAUUCACAUAUUAUUAAUAAACUAAAUGACAUAGUUAUUAGAAUUAACAACAAAGUAUCUACGAAUAAACCGUGUUAUAUAUAUUUUGGAAAGGAAUUCGAUGAAUGGGAUGAUUGGAAAAAAUUACAUGAUUAUUUUAAAAAUAGUGAAUAUAUUCUUAGUGUCAUCGAUAAAUAUAAUUUCGAUGAAGGAAAAAAAUUUUGUAAUUAUGUUAACCAUAUUAAAAUGUUAUAUGAAAAAUAUGAAAAGGGGUGUUGUUUAUGGAGUAACUGCAGUGAUUAUAUUAAUUGCAAUGAAAAGUAUAAUCCAAGCGAAUUAUUAAAACAAUUAAAAUGUGAAGAUUAUAUUAUUGAACAACCUACCAAUGUAGCAGAACUGCUAGAUUCAUCUGCUAAAUCUAGUGAAAUUCCUAAAAAUCCGGAACUAGAAAAUAGUAUGAGGAUUAAUUAUCUUAAAUGUUAUACGUCUCACAAGGAUGAAAAAAAGGAAGAAGAACCGGAAAGUACAAUUGCACAAUGUUAUUACUUGAUUCCUAGAGGCAAGGAGAUUCAUAAGCCAAUGGCAGUUACCAUACCUGGGAAAAGAACCAAUACUAGAAGAAAUUUAUCUGUUCUUUGGACUGUUCCAUUAGCAGAAGAGACAUAUAGAGAAUAUAGAAUUAAUACUGAUGAAAAAAAUCUUGUUAUUAAAUCUAAAGAAUUUGAAGAACAUUCUAAAAUAGAAACAUCAAAAGUUUACUCGCCGAAUAAUUUACAGAAUUUAAGUAGCGAUGGAGACCAUAUGAGAAAUAAUAUUUAUUCAUGGGGAAAUAAUGGUUCCAAUAUCUCUGAUAAUUCAUGUAACAAUUUAUUUUGUAAUCCUACUCGUGUCGUAGUUUUGGUUCUUUUAAAAUUAGGAAUAUUCUUUGUUUUUUUCAUUUAUUUCAAAUUUACUCCAUUUGGAAAUUGGAUAAGGAACAAAUUACUUAAAAAAAAAAAAAUUAAUUAUAAUUAUAAUCAAGAACGCAAGAAAUUAGGAGAAAGCCGGAACAAUUCUUACAAAAAUAAUUUGAAAAACAAGAGAAUAAGCAUAUCUUAUGAUUCUAAUGAAAGAUAA